GAAAAUGACAGAGUUUGAAUAAACAGCAUUGUUAACAACUUUAAUAACAUACUGAACUUGCACACAGUUUCCAUUGAUCGAAUUCAUGACACCAGAAGCCAUUCCAGAGAGCGCUAGUCGCCUUCCUCAAACGACUCAAAAGCUACUUGCAGAGUUGACUCGUCUCUCCGCACAGAUUGCUCAGGCGCGUACCAGAAACGUGACGCCAGAACAGGAUGCUAGAGUAGACAUUGGUGAAGAUGGCGAGCCAGUAUCAAGGCUGGGUCCAGAGUUACAAAAAACGAUCAACGCAGCUGUGCACGCAGGAGGUCGGCUGGUCAUGUCUCUGAAGGUGCUCAACCGUGAAGUCCACCACCAGGAACGUAACCUUCGCAAUGAUCUCGCAGAACAAAAACUGAGUAUCGGUAAAAUCGAUCUUGGAUACCAGAAUAUUAACUAUCAACGAAAAUACCUCAAGAAUGAAAUUGCACGCUGUCAUGAUAUGGAAACAUUUUAUCAGGAUGUACCAUUAGUAUCACUAGAAGAAUUCAGGAAUACUGCACCAGAACAUCUCAUCACCAGCGCUACAGAUGACCAUCAACUCAUGUUAAAUCGCCUUCAAUUCGAACUCGAUGAACGGAAACGAUAUGAUGCAGAGAAAAGACGUCUUUUGGCUGUCAAAGUUCAACUUAAAAAAGCUAAUAAGGCUCGCGGCUUACAGAUUAAGAAGGUGGAAGAAAAACUGAAAGAAUAUAUUAAAUCCAGUCAGUCAUUGGAACCACUUUUCCAAGAACCGAUCGUCCCUAUCCUUACAAGGGACGAGAUCUUGACAGCCACCACAUCGUCUACACUUACGCCCUCUGGAUCUGAACCAGCAAACAAUCUCACAGUACCGGCAUCAGCAACAGCAACAACGACAACGACAAGCACAACAACAACAGACUUGUCAUCUAAUGAAGAAUCUAUAUUAUCCUCUUCAGCCAUGGAGAUUGAACCUCCUCAAUUAAAACCUCUAUAAAGCAAAUGUGCUGUUGCAUAUUACACCUCUUGAAUGGCCUAUAUGAUCCGCAUACUGUAUGCGAUUGACAACUCGGAACUUGGCAUUGAAGGCUAUAAUUUAGAUCUGUCUUUUAUAAAUGAGAUCUGUCCACUUUUUUUUUUUUUUUUUCAUAAUUUUUUAGUGUUUCCCAUUUCACAGACUGCUAUGUUUCAUUCAUUUAAUAAUGAAUAUGACGGGAGGGCGAGUAAGAGAGAAUCUCGGAACACUCUGUAUGUCGAGAGGUCCAAAUGUGAAGAUUCGCUCAAUAGCUCAAUAGUAACUAGAGAUAACAAUAGCAACG